AUGAACUCGAAACAAAGUGACGACGUUUCGGGACAGAAAGACGGCUACGGCUACGGCUACAGCGCAGACAUGAACGACAAGACGGUCGCUUCUGAGAAUCCCUCGGAUCGAUACGUCUGCCCUCGCUGCCGUCAAGAAAUGUCCUCGACUACAAAGGAUGAACACCAUGAUUGGCACUUUGCAAAGGACUUGCAAGAAGGAGAUGGUCCAUCGCCUUCAGAGCACCAUGAUCCCACCGCUCAUCAGGGAGAUGGUCCAUCGCCUUCAGAGCACCAUGCUCCCACCGCUUAUCAGGAACAAAAGCAAGCUGGGCCUGGCGACACUCAACCCCCGCUGUACGCACCGCCAUCAUAUCCGCCGCCUCAGAGUAGUGCGGGCAGUACGAGCAGGGUAACGGCCACUCACCGCCAUACAAACCAAGUCAUCGAAGCGGCACAUCUUCGUGCCAGAGAUGAGCAACAAAUGCAAAAUGCUCUACAAACCCUUCAGAUGCAGUACGGUAUCUAUAAUAGCGAGAUCGAGCCGGAGCAUGAGGCGGAUUACUAUUGUGGCUGUCCCAUCCACCAUUACCAGAGAAUGAAGUGGAACCGAUCCGGAGUGCAGGACAUCUGGUCAAAAGCCGUCAUGUAUCCUGGAGAAAAGGCUUACAACGACAAUUACCGAUCCUCCGGAUUGUUCAGUAGUAACCCCUAUAGGCUGCGUGUGGUGUCGCCGUACGGCUACUACCAAUCUGCCUGGGGAGUGCAGCGACCUAGCCCAAAAUAUCAUGCCCAGUCAAUUCAUCAAACCAUUGCCCUCAACAACAGCCUGAAUGUCGAGGCACAAGCCAAGAUCGAUGCCAGAGAGCCAAGAAUCAAUAUCUGGGAUGAUGGCGCUCUAGACGCCAGAAUGUCGCAAUUGAGCGUCGCCGCCGCCAACGACACAAAGAAAUCGGUCAAUAGGCCCGACGAAAAGUCAGCCGAGCCUCCAUCCAGUCUUGCCCUACCCUCUGCUACUGGCGGCGAAGUGACGCGCGGCAAACCAUCCAAACUUUCGAGCUUUCGAAAAUCCAUUGGACUCAAAUCUUCCGAAGAGAAAGCCGUGGCAAAAACAGGGAAAACAAUUGACCAAGGCCGUAAUUUACGGAAUGCCAUUUUGGCCGAAGAGAAUGGAAGGUGGCCCGAUGACGAAUGGCGAGCCAUUGUUGCAGUCUACCAGGAGAAGGUAGGCAUGACCUCGAAGAUCGCGGACCUUCGAGCUCGGCAUCCUAUUCAAUACUUGCACUUGCUCCGAGCCGGCUAUUUCGAGCCUAUCCCCGUGGCCUGGGCCAACCAAGCCUCCAAUCCCCUCAAAUUUAGCAUUGAAGCCGCUGGAGGAUGGAGGGGAAUCACUCCUACAUGGAGAGGAUACGAGGAUACUGCGGAAGAGCGAUUGUAUUGGGUCUUGAAUCACAGAGAAGGGAGCAUUGGAAUGAGAAUGAAGCCUGAUUUCAUCUCUGAAAUGAAUAUGGCCCGAGCCAGAAUGGCCACAGCAGUCGAACCACCCCCUCAGUAUUAUUCCGCCAACGAUACCUGCCAUCUUCAACACACAUCAGCCGGAUAUUCCAAACAAGUCAUGCCAACUCCUUUUGUAGCCUACGAUCGGCCAGAAGUGCCAACCGACGACACCAUGAUUCUGUUGGAUGUGUCCGGGUCGAUGGACUUUGACCCACUCCGUCCAAACUACAACCAGUACCUUAUCACAGGUUAUUCUCCAUCUACACAGCCUAAAAACAAAGAUGUUGCCAAAGCCAUCAUCAGACGAUUCACAGAUGCCAUGGCCAACCAUGACCACCAGUUCCGCGGCUAUGAUCUCACCACCUUCUCCAGCCAAGCCAGCUACAUUGGCACCAUCAACCACCAGAACCUCGACGCAAUGUGGCGGAAUGUGCGAAUCGGCGGCGGAACGCGGGUCAUGACCGGCUGGCAGAAAGUCAAGGAAUUGCAUUUCCAAAAACAUUCCGAGUCCGCGGUCCAUCAUCCUGUGUACGGAUGGCAAGCCGGGCCAGAAACACCCAUGUUGCGACUGCUUCUGCUGCUCGAUGGCGAGGCCACCGAUAUGGAUGAGUUUGAACUGGAUCUCUUGGGUCUUUCGUGGGCUCAUGUUACCAUCUUCCUCAUCGGUGUUGAUGGAUGCCCGCAUCAUCAUCGACAUGCGAAUGAGCUGCAACGCAUCAGUGACGUGAAUCACCACGUCUCGUUCGUCGACGCUCAAGGUAACAUGCCCGAGCGGUUCGUCACCCACGAGCUGCUGAAGAGACAUUUGGGUUAUGAGGUUUCCAUGUCGGAUUUUGAGCAGAUGGAGCAGUUGCCUCGGUAUGAAGAUGUCACUUGA